AUGGAUCAUCCCCAUCAUCAAGCAGCACAGUGUAUCAUCUCACCCCACAUCUAGUGGCACAAUGUAACUAACCCUCAGUGCAGUCAAGUGGUUGUCAGAAACAAGCUCCAGCAGCAAUUGGCAGAAUUUACACCCCAGUUUACGGUACGGAAACCAUUUUAGGACAUUCUCAGCCAAAGUCAGUGUCAGCGAUGCGAUCUCUAAGCACUCGGAAUGAGGCUUCGAUAAGGCUGACGAACGAGCAGUCGAAUCUGAGGGAAGAUCAAGUAGGAAUUGUGAGACGUGAAGGCUGAGUCACAUUCCGUUUUGUAAGGAGAUCGCAUAGCACAGACACCCUGUGGCUGAAGAUGUCCUAAAUUUGUUUCCGUAGUCACUAACAGUCAAGCUACAUCCUCCUACAAGUAUUAGCUCUCCGUGUUCCCUCUGGACCAGACACCCUCACUUUCACCCACCCCCGUUUGAACCUCCCGCUUACUGACUGCAGCUCCUGGAACAGACGGUCACCUGGUAUAGACAUCAUGAUCACAUGGUCGUGAUGUCAUCACGGUCCUACCAGAGGAUAGGAACUGGCUGCUACCCUUUCUCAGUUAGCUGGCAGCUUUCACAGAAGCAGCGUCUAUGCUCGUCUGCGUGCGGCACUUUUGUUUUGUGGCUGCAGCUAUUCCUCCUUCUCGUCUGGCUCUGAUCUCAUCACUUUCACCUCGUGUUCCCACGUCUAGCCGAGCAUUAUGAGGCUGAAGCCUGGCUUUCUCCUGCGCAGCCUGCUGGUGCUGGCCACUUUUUUCAUGUUUCUCAUCAUCUGGACCUCUUUUAUGAGCUCUGGGAGCAUAGAGUCACGGAUAGAGCGGGAAGAUAACCCCAACCCUCCUCAGCCUGCUAUGCCAGACAUAGAUGCACCAAAAGAUGAUUUCCACCCAGCGGUGCCAUGGCCUCGUGUGGAGGGAAUAGAGGUGAACCUUGAUUCUAUCCGUAAGAAAAACCAGGAGAAGUUGGAUCAAGAACAUGUGGAGGCAAAGGCUAAUAACCAAGAGCAUGUCAUGGAGAAACAGUAUCUUACAUUCAAACCUCAGAAACAUGUUUAUUCUGAUCCGGUGCUUCGUCCUGGAGUCCUGGGAAACAUGGAACUUAAAGAACCAGAACCUCAAGGCGUUGUGGAUGGCCCAGGAGAGGGAGGAAAAGAAAUUAUGUUGGGACCAGAUUACAAGGACGCGAUCAAAGCCACCAUUAAAGAGUUUGGAUUUAACAUGGUGGCGAGUGAUAUGAUCUCGUUGGAUCGGACAAUAAACGACCUGCGUCAUGAAGAAUGCAAGUUCUGGCAUUAUGAUGAGAACCUGCUCACCUCCAGUGUAGUAAUUGUCUUCCACAAUGAGGGUUGGUCUACGCUAAUGAGAACUAUUCACAGUGUCAUUAAACGAACACCCAGAAAAUACCUGGCCGAGAUUGUGAUGAUUGAUGAUUUCAGUAACAAAGAACAUCUAAAGGGGAGGUUAGAUGAAUACGUUAAGCAGUGGAAUGGCCUUGUGAAGGUUUUCAGAAAUGAGCGGAGAGAAGGAUUAAUCCAGGCUAGAAGUAUCGGAGCCCAGAAAUCAAAACUUGGACAGGUUUUAAUUUAUUUAGAUGCGCAUUGUGAGGUGGGAAUUAACUGGUAUGCACCAUUAAUAGCACCCAUAGCCAAAGACAGAACUGCUUGCACUGUUCCUCUAAUAGAUUACAUUGAUGGCAAUCUUUAUACCAUUGAGCCGCAGCAAGGUGGGGAUGAAGAUGGUUUUGCUCGUGGGGCCUGGGACUGGAGCAUGUUGUGGAAGCGUAUUCCAUUAUCGGAGAGGGAAAAGAUCAAAAGAAAGCAUAAAACUGAGCCGUAUUGGUCCCCUGCAAUGGCUGGAGGCCUGUUUGCCAUUGAGCGAGAUUAUUUUUUCGAACUAGGUCUUUAUGAUCCAGGUUUGCAGAUCUGGGGUGGUGAAAAUUUCGAAAUUUCCUACAAGAUAUGGCAGUGUGGAGGAAAAUUGUUGUUUACCCCUUGUUCUCGUGUAGGACACAUUUACCGUCUACAUGGUUGGCAAGGAAACCCUACACCUGCACAUGUUGGAUCUUCUCCAACACUGAAGAACUAUGUCAGAGUGGUGGAGGUCUGGUGGGAUGAUUACAAAGAUUAUUUCUAUGCCAGUCGUCCAGAGACCAAAGCUCUUGCCUACGGGGACAUUAGUGCACUGAAGAAGUUCCGCGAGGAUUACAACUGCAAAAGCUUCAAAUGGUUUAUGGAGGAAAUCGCAUAUGAUAUCCCAGAAUACUAUCCCCUUCCACCUAGAAAUGUUGAAUGGGGAGAGAUAAGAGGCUUUGAGACUGACUACUGUAUUGAUAGUAUGGGCCAUACAAAUGGAGGCCUUGCAGAACUAGGGGGAUGCCACAGAAUGGGAGGAAAUCAACUUUUCCGAAUAAAUGAAGCAAAUCAGUUGAUGCAGUACGAUCAGUGUCUCACUAAGGGGACGGAUGACUCAAAUGUUAUGCUUACACACUGUAAUUUAAAUGAAUAUAAGGAAUGGCAGUACUUUAAGAACAUGCACCGAUUACUCCACAUUCCUACAGGAAAAUGCUUAGACCGUUCAGAGGUUCUCCACCAAGUGUUCCUCUCAGACUGUGAGUCCAACAAAACGACUCAGAGAUGGGAAAUGAAUAACAUCCUUGGUGUUUAAGUCUAGCUACUGUGAAGCAGAAUCAUAUAAACCGUAUCUGAGGACAAGCCUGAAAGCUGCUGCAAUGAAGAACUAUGUACAGCCUGCAGUCUUCUCACUUCAAUGAAGGAACUUGGGACACUUUUGAAGAUGCUGAUAGUGUCCCCGUGCAGUUAAUGUUUACAAGACUGCUUUUACCUUAAACCUUAGAUGUUUACAUCAUCUUGUUUCAAGAUAAUGAUAGUCAAAGUGCUUUUAGCUUUGUUUAUAAGAACAGAGUUAAAGACAAUUAUUUUUGGGAUUCUUCUCAGGGGCUGAAAGGUAGAUUUUAUCUCACACUUGAAAAUGAUUCGGUUAGCUGGACAUUCGUUAUUUUUGGUGAUUGUGUUGGUCUCGAUUUUUGUUUCUCCUGUUUUUUUUUCUUUUUUUCAAAGCACUGCCACAGUUUCUUUUAGCUAUGGUGGCCUUGUCUGUACUGCUGUUUUUUGAAUGGGCAAAUUGGAAACUAUCUCGGUGCCUCUUCCAUUUCCGUAAAUAUCUAUGGUAACAAUGUGUAAAAGAGUGAAGCCUGAAAGGAA